CUACCUGCAGAGAAGGAAAAAGCAGACCAUUGUGCUCGGGAAGGGCUUUCCCCUGACUGGCUGGGGCUGAUGGGACCUGCAAUGCCCCGUCAACGGGAGGAGGGCACCUCUGCUGCGGAGGAGAAGAAGGAGCGGCUCCUGAGCGCGUGCAGAGCGCUCUGGCCCUUCUUCCGGGAGGAGGGGGAGGAAAGGAAGCGUGGCCACGUGACUCCCGCGCGGUCAGCUGACCCAACAUGGCUGCCGGGGUCUGCGCCGGAGGAAGAAGAGGAAGGAAGGGCUGAAGAGCCGAAAAGGAGGAAGGGGUCUCCUUGUCCCAGCAGGGCACAGCCGCCAAGAUGGACGCCCUCCUGCGCCAGGUGGAGAAGGACCUGGGCAUCGACCACGGCCAGUUGGCGACUGCCAAGGGCUGCUCCCAUGCCGUGGCCCUGGUGCCCUCCAAGUGGCUGGCCACCCUGAAGGAGCGCUCUGUGCUGCCCGGCCUCUGCCCGCGGCCCGAAGGCCUGAGUGAGGUGGAGGUGCGCGCUUGCCUCCAGCACUCGGUGCAGAAGAUGCCCGCGGGAUGGACCCGGGUGGAGGUCCAUGGCCUCAGGAAGGAGCGGCUGUGUUACCGGCUGGCCCUGGGCCCUGGCGGGCAAAGCGAGGCCAAGGAGGGCCAGGAGACACUGCACAGCUUCAUGCGCAAGGUGGCUUCCCAGAACUACCGCAACCUCUGGAAGCGGGCGCACCGCUCGUACGCCCGGCCGUACAGCCACGCUCAUGCACCGCCCUCUGCCAUCGCCCUGGACGUCCUCCGGGGGGCCCUCCAGAGGCUCUAUGGCUGCCCUGUUGUCCCUGUGGGAAGGGGGUCCCCCUGUGCCCCUCUCACAAAAGAGGUCCCACCACCACCACUCUGCCCCAGUGUCCUGCCAGCGGAAGCCCUGCUGGAGUCCCCAGAGAUGCUCUACGUGGUCUUCCCCUACGUCCAGUACUGCCUCCACGACAUCGUCACCUUCAGCCCAGCGAAGCUGACCAACAGCCACGCCAAGCUUCUCUUCAUCCUCUUCCAAGUUCUCCAGGCCAUGCAGGCGUGCCACCGGGCAGGGAUAGCGUGCGGUGCCCUCUCCCUGCGUGAAGUAGCCGUGGACGAGAAGCUGUGUGCCCGGCUCAGGAUUCGCCUCCAGGACUAUGAGGAGCCCCCCCAGGAGGAGGGAGUUGAGGAGGCAACAGCUAUGACCACUGGCCCUGCUGGACCCUUGGGCCCAAGCAGAGAGACAGAGGGCCCCCUGUCCAGCCAGGAGCCCCGGGAGGGCCUGGGGGAACUGGUGCUGGACUGGGUGAGCGGCCGCCUCAGCAACUUCGACUACCUGAUGCACCUGAACCACUUGGCUGGGCGGCGGACAGGGGACCCGAACUACCACCCAGUCCUCCCCUGGGUGACGGACUUCACUACCCAGGAUGGGAAGUUCCGCGACCUGCGCAAGUCCAAGUUCCGGCUCAACAAGGGGGACAAGCAGCUGGACUUCACCUAUGAGAUGACCAAGCAGGCCUUUGUGGCUGGGAGUGGCCCGGCCGGAGAGCCCCCCCAUGUGCCCCACCACAUCUCGGAUGUCCUCUCUGACAUCACCUAUUAUGUCUACACGGCCCGGCGGACGCCCCGGUCGGUGCUCUGCUCCCACGUCCGCUCCCAGUGGGAGCCCAACGAGUAUCCGGCUAGCAUGGAGCGCAUGCAGGGCUGGACCCCGGAUGAGUGCAUCCCAGAGUUCUACACAGACCCCGCCAUCUUCAGGUCCAUCCACCCGGAUAUGCCAGACCUGGAGGUGCCCCCCUGGUACAGCUCCUGCGAGGAGUUUGUAGCGGCCCACCGGGCAAUGCUGGAGAGCCAGGAGGUCUCCCAGGACCUCCACCACUGGAUCGACCUUACUUUUGGCUACAAGCUGCUGGGCAAGGAGGCCGUCAAAGAGAAGAAUGUGUGCCUCCACCUGGUAGACAACCACACCCACCUCACCAGCUUUGGGGUGGUCCAGCUCUUUGACCAGCCCCACCCCCAGCGCCUGGCAGGAGUGUCCCUCCUCAUGAUUGAAGCCCCCCUUAUCACUCGACCCCUCAUCCCCACUAUCCGGGAGACCAGAGUCCUUGAGGGGCCCAAGGGGGCCAUGUCCAAUGGGGUUGGGGGACCGGUUGUAGAGACAGCUUGUGAAGGGGCCUGGGCCACCGGCAGACUCGGGGCAACUAUGGAAGAGGAGGUGGAGCAGGGGGCCGAAGCCCUGGAGUCCCUCCCUGCUGCUGGCCGUGGAAUGGUGGACCUGCCCAGUCCCACGGAUAGCAGGCCCCUCAGCAAGAGGACCACCAAGGCCCCCCUCUCUGUUGCCCCGCCAGAGGCAGGGGAUGCCAAGAUCAUGCUGCCUGAGGGCUUCCAACCAUUACAGGCCCUGGAGGAGCUGGAGAGGCUGCAGACCUUCCUGCUGCGAGGGCCGCAUGGGGCAGGAAUCCAGCCAGACCAGCCCCGGACCCAGAUGCCCAUCGCCCUUUCGAACCUCUUCCAGCGGGACAUGCAGGCUCUGGGGAUACUGGUCACUGAGAUCAUCUUUGCGCCCAAGCUGCGCGCCCUGAACCCUGAGGCCAUGCUGCAGGAGCGCUACUGGGCCGCCCGGACAUUGUGCCGCUUCCACCCCAAGGAGAUCCCACCACCUUUGCAGCACCUCCUGGAAGUGUUACUCCAGCUGCGAGUGUCCAAUGGCCCGCUCCACGGGGAGGUUGUGAAAGGACGAGUGCCGCCGCUCUUUACAUAUGAGCCAGUCUGGCAGGGGCUGCCUCCUCCAAGCCCCUCACAGUUGCUGAGCCCGUUCAGCGGGGUCCUGCCCUUCCCGGCCUAUUUCCCAGCUCUGCACCGGUUCAUCCUCACAGCCUUGUCUCAGCAAGUAGAAGGCGAGGGUGGAGGGCGAGAGCUGGUCUUCCGUCUGUGGCAGCAGCUAGAGGGAGUGCUGGGAGCCAUCACCCCUGAGGGCUUGGAGAUCCUGCUACCCUUCAUCCUGGCCCUGAUGUCAGGGGAGCGGACAGCCGUCCACGCUGCCUGGUACCUAUUUGAGCCGGUGGCCAGGGCCCUGGGUCCUCGCAAUGCCAACAAGUACCUGCUGAAGCUACUGGUGGCUGUCUAUGAGAACCCCCGGGGCCUUCCCGGCCGCUUCUACCUCUACACGGACUGCUUCGUGGCCCAGCUGAUGGCCCGCCUAGGGCUGCAGCUCUUCCUCUCCAACCUCCUGCCCCACAUCCUCCAGGUGCUGGUGGGGCUGGAGGGCACAGCCGCUGAGGGGAGCAAGGCGCUGCUGCUAAUGGGGGCAGGUGAGGAGGAUGAGGAGGGCAGCGGUGGCGGGGAGAGCAGCCCCGGGUCCCGAGCCUCCUUCAGAGAAGAGACUGAGGGGGAGGCCGAGUGCCUGGAGCUGCUGGGGUACCUGUCGGGCGUCAGCCUCCAUGACCAGGGCUACCCGCCAGAGGAGGGCGAUGACUUCCAGAACAGCCUCUAUGUGUCAGAGAGCCCAGCAGCUGCAACGGAGGCCGAGGAGGAGGAAGGGGAGUCCGGCAGCCUGGGCCGGCUGAGUGACAAGAGCAGCACCAGCGAGGCUGAGGCGUCGCUGGGCGAGGAGCAGAAGGAGCUGGGCAGCCUCCAGUCCCUGGGCAGCAGCCAGGAGCUCAAACACAGUGAAGAGGAAGGAGGGGAGGAAGAGCAGCCAGAGGAGGAGGAAGAAGAGGAGGAGGAGGACCAGGGUGGCAGCAGUGGCAGUCUCAUCAGAAUGGUGGAAGAGAAGGAAGAAGAAGAAGUCACCUUGACAGCUGAAGACCUGGGCCUCUCUGCAGCGGCCACUACCCUCUCUCUAGAAGCCAGCCUGGCCCAAGAUGAUGGAGGCGAGAGGAACAGACAGGGCUUGCCAGGAGACAGGGAGCAGACCAUCUUGCUGGACACAGCCUGCAAGAUGGUGAGGUGGCUCUCAGCCAAGCUGGGCCCCACCGCCACCUCCCGCUAUAUUGCCAGGAACCUCCUCCGCCUCUUCACCUCUUGCUACAUAGGUCUCGCCAGGCAGCAGUUUGUGGCUGGGGCGGAAGAGAGCAGCCCCCUGAGCACCGGGAGCAUCUACCAGAAGCGGCUGGUGCAGGGAGACAUCGUGUCGGAGCCAGUGCUGGCCUGCCUGGUCCACAUUGCCCAUCUCUACGGGGAGCCUGUCCUCACCUACCUGUACCUGCCCUAUGCCAGCUACCUGGUGGCUCCUGGCAGCGGGGUGGCUGCUGGCCGGCUGAACAGCCGCAAGGAAGCUGGGCUCCUGGCUGCCAUGACCCUGACCCAGGAGGUGGUGGUCUACCUGUCGGACACCACCCUGAUGGACAUCCUGCCCAAGAUCAGCCAGGAGAUCCUGCUGCCCGUCCUUGGCUUUCUCACUUCAUCCACCAUCAGUUUUCCCAGUGGAGUCCAGGCUCGCACUGUCUUAUGCCUCAAGACCAUCAGCUUGGUGGCACUGGUUUGCCUACGGAUCGGGUCGGAGAUGGUGCAACAGCACCUAAGCGGCACUUUGCGUGUGUUCUUUGAAACAUUUUCAUUGUCAUCCCUGGCGGCAGAGCAGGACAUGAUGCUCCAGCCGAGGCUGCCUCACUCGGAUCUGUCCGCUCUCCUGGAACUGCAGACAGUCUUCAGCCCAGAGAUGGCCUACACGACCUUCGUCCCCUUCUCCUGCUUGCUAGGGGAUGUCAUCCGCACCAUUGUCCCCAAUCACGCCACGGUUGGGCAGCUGGCUGCCCUGUACUCAGACAGCGUGAACCCCAAAAGUCAGGCCUCCCCUGGGCAGGAUGUGCCUGGGCCUCCCAGUGGUCCGGCUUUCCUGGAGCAAGAGGCCUUCGAUGGAAUGGCCCUCUUUCCCAGCCCCUGCGAGGACACCCGCUCAGGCACCUUUGGAAGUGUGCUGGUGGGCAACCGCAUCCAGGUCCCGGCAGAAGCCCGUCGAGAGGCCUCAGGCAGCCCUGGGGUCUUCUGUCCCAGCUCAGGGAGCCGGGAGGGAGCCGCCUUGAAGAAGGAUCUCCCGCGCAGUGCCCACCUCCUCUGCGGGAACUGGCUGGCCUACUGGCAGUACGAGAUUGGGGUGAGCCAGCAGGAGGCUCGCUUCCACUUCCAUCAGAUCAAGCUGCAGAGCUUUGUGGGACCCGGGGGUGCCAUCAAGUGCCUGGCCCCCCUGGGUGGGGAGGACUUUUUUCUGGCCGGCAGCAAAGACAAGAGCAUCCGCCUCUGGCCACUCUACAACCGAGGAGAUGGCACCCAUGAGACAGAGCCUCGCCUGACCUACACCCAGCACAAGAAAUCUGUCUUCUACGUUGGGACCCUGGAGGCCCCUCAGCAUGUGGUCAGCUGCGAUGGCACUGUCCACGUCUGGGACCCCUUCACUGGCAAAGUCAUCCGCACUUUUGAGGCGCUAGACUACAAAGCACCCAUCACAGCCGUCAGCGCCAUGCCUCCUCCCUACGGGAGCAUCAGCCUGGCCAGUGCCGACUCUGUCUUGCGCUUCAUUGACCACCGGAAGCCAGGGCUGCAGCAUGAAUUCCGGCUGGCCAGUGGGGCAAACGCUGGCCUCAUCCGCUGCCUGGCUGUCAGUCCAAGCGGGCGGAGCGUGGUGGCUGGCUUUUCUUCGGGCUUCAUGGUGCUGCUGGACACCAGGACGGGCCUGGUCCUCCGGGGUUGGCCUGCCCAUGAAGGAGACAUCUUGCAGGUCAAGGCCAUGGAGGGCAACCUCCUCAUCAGUUCCUCCUCUGACCACUCACUGACCAUCUGGAAGGAGCUGGAGCAGAAGCCUCUGCAGAGCUACAAGUCUGCCUCGGAGCCCAUCCAUGCCUUUGACCUCUACGGCAAUGAGGUGGUGGCCGGCACGGUGGCCAACAAGAUUGGUGUCUACGCCCUGCAGGAGCCGCUGCCCCCCAGUGUCACCAAGCUGAGCUCAGAGAACUUCCGGGGGACCCUCACCAGCCUGGCUGUCCUGCCCACCAAGUGCCACCUCCUCCUGGGGUCGGACAAUGGCACCGUGCGGCUCCUGGCAUAGCCUCCCCUUCCUGACAGGAUGCUUCUCCCUCACCAGAGAGGGUGACUGAGCAGGAGUUUUCUUUCGGUGAAAAGAGGCCAUAGUCUGGAAGGUGCGGAGGGUCUAUGAAGCCUCCAUGACUCCAAACCCCAAGAGGGCUGCUGGGCAGCCACAGGCCGGGACCCAGGACCCUGACAUCACCUUAUGUGCCUGAACUCUCUUUGGGAACAAGGUAGUUUUCCAAAGAGGUCCAUUGGAGGGGCAAGGUCCCUCUCUCUCUCAAUUCCUGGCAUUCCUAUUCUUUAAUGUGUGUGUGUGGGGGGGGGGGGGGUGUGAGCAUUUGUCCUGGAGGUUUCUGAGGCAUUUGCUUGGUGCUGGGGAGAGGUGUUACAAAACUGUUGAGUUGCUUAGCACUUUCCCUUCGCUCCAUCCCAAUCCUGUUUUGUCUCCCACUGCUGUGGAAAAGAAAGCCAGGUUGUGCCCACCUGCCUGCCUAGGGUGGUGUUGCACUUGGAAGGGGUAUGUGGGCACAGAGCACUCUUCCUCUUGAGCACUUCCUCCUUCCCUUGCCCAGAGGAUGCAAGUUCUUUGAUCCCUUUGGUGGGCCUGUGAAGUCCCCCCCCCCAAACAUAUGCUGAAGGGCAUUCUCCCACAUUUCCUGUCUCUGCCAGAGAUGCUAAGCCCAGGAGGAGAACCUCUGCCACUACAAAACACACACACUUAUGUACCUAUAUCCAUGUCUGUGAGGCCCAACACAGUCCUGUUGUUCUUAACUGUCCCCCUUUGGGGCUGAAGGGAGGGAGGAAAGGCCACCAGCAGCAUGGUGUGGUGGUGUGAGGCAGCUCUCCAAGGCUGUGGGGAGCAAUACAGUGACGCAAGCACUUGUGUCGCCGCAUCCCUAGGUUGGGGGGGGGGGAGAGGAGGAACCAUCCCUUCUUACUUACAUUGCAAUAGAUUGUAUAAAGAUCUAAUAAACACUGGAGCUUGCAAAAGUCUUUU